UGUUGUCAUUCUUACGUAAAUUGAAACUAAAAGUUACGUCUUCGCGAGCAAAGGCACUUCAAAAUUAAUUUUAUUUAAAAAUAUAACCUUUCUUAGGUUUUUUAAUCUCUACAAACAUGUCCAUGAUCAGCCGAAAUAUUCUUCGAAGCCUUUUACAGGGCUCGCAACAUGUAGCCAAGGGUGUGCACACAAGUGCGGUAACAGCUGACAAAAGUGUAUGUUUUGCCCCACACAGUGUAAGCCUGCAACCUAACGCAAAGGAGGGUCGUAUCAAGUGCACCCUUAUUCCUGGAGAUGGCGUUGGUCCAGAAAUGGUCUACUCCGUUCAGGAGGUUUUCAAGGCGACCAACAUCCCAGUGGACUUCGAGUCGUUCUUCUUCUCCGAGGUGAACCCCACUCUCAGCGCGCCGCUCGAAGACGUCGUCAACUCUAUCGCGCGCAACAAGAUUUGCAUCAAGGGAAUCCUGGCCACUCCAGACUUCUCCCACACCGGCGAGCUGCAAACCCUGAACAUGAAGCUCCGCAAUGCCCUAGACUUGUACGCUAACGUCGUCCACGUGAAGUCUCUGCCGAAUGUCAAGUGUCGUCACCACGAUGUGGACUGCAUCAUCAUCAGAGAGCAGACUGAGGGAGAGUACUCCGCUUUGGAGCACGAGUCUGUUCCUGGCGUCGUGGAAUGCCUGAAGAUCAUCACGGCAGCCAAAUCGGAGCGCAUUGCCAAAUUCGCGUUCGACUACGCGGUCAAGAUGGGCCGUAAGAAGGUCACAGCCGUCCACAAAGCCAACAUCAUGAAGUUGGGAGACGGUCUCUUCUUGCGCAGUUGUGAGGAGAUGGCCAAACUCUACCCCCGCAUCCAAUUCGAGAAGAUGAUCGUGGACAACUGCACCAUGCAGAUGGUGUCCAACCCGAACCAGUUCGACGUGAUGGUGACCCCCAACCUGUACGGCAACAUCGUGGACAACCUCGCCAGCGGGCUGGUGGGCGGCGCGGGCGUGGUGGCCGGCUCGUCCUACAGUGCCGAGUGCGCGGUGUUCGAACAGGGCGCUCGUCACAUCUUCUCCGGGGCGGUGGGCAAGAACAUCGCCAACCCCACCGCCAUGCUGCUGUGCUCCGCCAACCUGCUGUCGCACGUCAACCUGCACUCCUACUCCAAGAUGAUCAAGAACGCCAUCAACAAAGUUCUGUCGGACGGCAAGGUGAGGACGAAGGACCUGGGGGGCCAGUCCACCACCAAGGACUUCACCAACGCCGUCAUCCACUGCCUGCAGUAAUGUGUUUCAGUCAUGGCCUUAGAUAACCUAGGAAUAGGCAUCAGAUACCUGUUGAUAUGUCUUCACAAGUCGCCCAAUCGGCUAGUUUAAAAUUUAGGACCCAAAAAAUUUUUUUUCUAAGAAGGCUGUAUAGUGUAAUAUAUGAUUGUAUUUUCAAAAUUGUGGAUUCCCCACUACAAUCACAAGUCCAGUGCGUGGUCGUAUAGUUACCAAUUUUAUGAAUCACGACCAUAACUGCUUUAAAAUAAGAUACUAAAUUGUACUGAAGAAAACGGCAAAAAAUUGAGAUCUACUUAAUAUUUCUAGGGCCGGUGUCUAAUAAUUAGUGAUCAAUGCGGUAGCCCAAAUACAUAGCGUAGUUAUGUGUAAUUAUAAGGAUAAUUUAUUUGUAUUUAUGUGAUCUGUCAAUCAAUAGUUUCUUUUUUAUUGUAUUAUUGUACAAUGUAAAUAAAAAUUGUAAAUGUUA